GUUUGCACCUCCCGCUGGGAAGCCCCUUGGAGGAAACCUCGGAAAUCGUGAGCGCUCUGCACGGAUAGAUGGCAAGGAAGAAAUUUACCGGAUUGGAAAUCUCUCUGAUUGUCCUCUUUGCUAUAGUUACCAUAAUAGCGAUUGCCCUUAUUGCUGUUUUAGCAACUAAGACACCUGCUGUUGAAAAUGAUAGUGAUUCUACCUCAUCUCUGUCUCCACCUACUACUCGUACAACCACUGUAUAUCCUUCUGGUUCAGGGAAAUGUCCAAGUGAAGUAAAUGAACCUAUCAAUGAGAGAAUAAACUGCAUUCCAGAACAAUUUCCUACACAGGUGCUUUGUGCACAGCGAGGCUGCUGCUGGAGGCCAUGGAAUAACUCUGUUAUUCCUUGGUGCUUUUUUGCAGAUAACCACGGCUAUAAUGUUGAGGGAAUAACAACAACAAGUACUGGACUUGAAGCGAAAUUAAACAGGAUACCUUCACCUACCCUCUUUGGAAAUGACAUUAAUAGUGUCCUCUUCACAACUCAAACCCAGACCUCCAAUCGUCUCCGGUUCAAGCUUAUUGAUCCAAAUAAUGGAAGGUAUGAAGUUCCUCAUCAGUAUGUGAAAGAAUUUAGUGGAACAGCAGCUUCUGAUACACUGUAUGAUGUGAAGGUUACGGAUAAACCAUUUAGUAUCACAGUUACUAGAAAAAGCAAUAACAGAAUUUUGUUUGACACCAGCAUUGGUCCUCUAGUGUAUUCUGACCAAUAUUUACAGAUCUCAACCAAACUUCCCAGUGAAUAUAUUUAUGGUUUUGGGGAACAUAUUCAUAAGAGAUUUCGUCAUGAUUUAUAUUGGAAAACAUGGCCAAUCUUCACUCGGGAUCAACUGCCUGGUGAUAAUAAUAAUAAUUUAUAUGGUCAUCAAACAUUCUUCAUGUGCAUUGAAGAUAAUUCAGGAAAGUCAUUUGGUGUUUUCUUAAUGAACAGUAAUGCAAUGGAGGUUUUCAUCCAACCUACUCCAAUAGUAACCUACAGAGUUAUUGGUGGCAUUCUGGACUUUUACAUCUUUCUUGGAGAUACACCAGAACAAGUAGUUCAAAAGUAUCAAGAGCUCAUUGGACUACCAGCAAUGCCGGCCUAUUGGAGUCUUGGAUUCCAACUGAGUCGCUGGAGUUAUAACUCACUAGAUGUAGUAAAAGAAGUGGUAAAAAGAAACCGGGAAGCUGGCAUACCAUUUGAUGUACAGAUCACUGAUAUUGACUAUAUGGAAGAAAAGAAAGCCUUUACUGUUGAUACAGUUACAUUUAAUGGACUCCCUGAAUUUGUUAAAGAUUUGCAUGACCAUGGACAGAAAUAUGUCAUCAUCUUGGACCCUGGAAUUUCCAUAGGAAAACGUUCUGAUGGAACAGCAUAUGAAACCUAUGAGCGAGGAAAUGCACAACAUGUAUGGGUAAAUGAGUCAGAUGGGACUACACCACUUAUUGGAGAGGUAUGGCCUGGAUUAUCAGUGUUCCCUGAUUUCACUAAUCCAAACUGCAUAGAUUGGUGGGCAAAUGAAUGCAGUAUUUUCUAUCAACAAGUGAAUUAUGAUGGACUUUGGAUUGAUAUGAAUGAAGUUUCCAGCUUUAUUCAAGGUUCAAAGGAAGGAUGCAAUGACAACAAAUUAAAUUACCCCCCUUUUACUCCUGAUAUUCUUGAUAAAUUGAUGUAUUCCAAAACAAUUUGCAUGGAUUCUGUGCAAUACUGGGGGAAACAUUAUGAUGUUCACAGCCUCUAUGGAUACAGCAUGGCUAUAGCAACAGAGAAAGCUAUACAAAAACUUUUUACAAAUAAGAGAAGCUUCAUUCUCACCCGGUCAACUUUUGCUGGAUCUGGGAGCCAUGCUGCGCACUGGUUAGGAGACAAUACUGCUUCAUGGGAACAAAUGGAGUGGUCUAUCACUGGAAUGUUGGAGUUCGGCUUGUUUGGAAUGCCUUUUGUUGGAGCAGAUAUCUGUGGAUUUGUGCAAGAGACCACAGAAGAGCUUUGCAGAAGAUGGAUGCAACUUGGGGCAUUUUAUCCAUUUUCUAGAAACCAUAAUGCUGAAGGAUAUAAGCAUCAAGAUCCUGCAUUUUUCGGACAGAAUUCUCUUUUGGUUAACUCAUCGAGACAUUAUUUGAAUAUCCGCUAUAGGUUAUUACCUUUCCUUUAUACUCUGUUUUAUAAAGCUCAUCGGUUUGGAGAAACAGUAGCAAGGCCGUUUCUUCACGAGUUUUAUGAGGAUUCAAAUAGCUGGGUUGAGGACACUCAGUUCUUAUGGGGCCCUGCAUUACUUAUUACUCCUGUCCUGAAACAGGGAGCUGAUACAGUGAGCGCAUAUAUUCCUGAUGCUACCUGGUAUGAUUAUGAAACUGGUGCAAAAAGACCUUGGAGAAGACAGCGUGUUGAUAUGUACCUUCCAGGAGACAAAAUAGGAUUACAUCUUAGAGGAGGUUAUAUUAUCCCCAUUCAAGAACCUGCUGUAACUACAACUGAAAGCCGUAAGAAUCCCCUAGGACUUAUAAUUGCAUUAAAUGAAGAUAACACAGCUAAGGGAGACUUUUUCUGGGAUGAUGGAGAAACUAAAGGUACCGUAGAAAGUGGUAACUACAUAUUCUAUACAUUUUCAGUUUCUAAUAACAAUUUGGACAGUACAUGCACACAUUCAAACUACCAGGAAGGAACUACUUUAGCAUUUGAGACUGUAAAAGUCCUUGGAUUGAUGGAAACUGUUACAGAAGUUACAGUGGCAGAAAAUAAUCAACCAAUGAACGUUCACAAUAAUUUCACUUAUGAUGUUUCCAACCAGUUUCUCCUAAUCUACGACCUCAAAUUUAACCUUGGAAGAAACUUCACUGUUCGAUGGAAUCAAAAUUUCUCAGAAAAUGAAAAGUUUUCUUGUCACCCAGAUGCAGACUUUACAACGGAAGAAAAGUGCAAAGAACAUGGCUAUUUAUGGCAAGCGACUUCUUUACAAUCCAGAGAAACUGAGUAUUACUUUCCCAGACAAGACAACCCUUAUUCAGUCAGCAAUAUUUAUUAUUCAUCAAUGGGUAUAACAGCUGACCUCCAGUUCAAUACUGGGAAUGCUCGAAUAAAGCUACCUUCUGUACCCAUCUCAGUUCUUCGUGUGGAGGUGAAAUAUCACAAAAAUGAUAUGCUGCAGUUUAAGAUUUAUGAUCCUCAGAAUAAGAGAUAUGAAGUGCCAGUACCUUUAAACAUUCCAGCUAAUCCAAUAAGUUCUUAUGAAGACAGACUUUAUGAUGUUGAAAUCAAGGAAAAUCCUUUUGGUAUCCAGAUUCGACGGAGAAGCACAGGACAAGUUAUUUGGGAUUCUCAUCUACCUGGAUUUAUUUUUAAUGACCAGUUCAUUCAAAUAUCUACUCGCCUGCCAUCAAAAUAUAUAUAUGGAUUUGGGGAAGUAGAACACACAGAAUUUAAGCGAGAUAUGAACUGGCAUACUUGGGGAAUGUUCACAAGAGACCAGCCUCCUGGUUAUAAACUUAAUUCCUAUGGAUUUCAUCCCUAUUAUAUGGCUCUGGAAGAAGAGGGCAACGCUCAUGGAGUUCUCUUACUCAAUAGCAAUGCAAUGGAUGUUACAUUCCAACCAACUCCUGCUCUAACUUACCGCACAAUUGGAGGGAUCUUGGACUUUUAUAUGUUUUUGGGCCCAACUCCGGAAGUUGCAACAAAGCAAUACCAUGAAGUAAUUGGACGACCAGUCAUGCCACCUUAUUGGGCUUUGGGAUUCCAGUUAUGUCGUUAUGGAUACAGAAAUACUUCAGAGGUUGAGCAAUUAUAUACUGACAUGGUGAAUGCACGGAUUCCCUAUGAUGUUCAAUACACAGACAUUAAUUACAUGGAAAGACAACUAGACUUCACAAUUGGUGAUAAUUUCCGUGACCUUCCUCAGUUUGUUGCCCAUAUAAAAGGAGAAGGCAUGAGAUUCAUUAUUAUCCUGGAUCCAGCAAUUUCAGGAAAUGAAACAAAGCCUUACCCUGCAUUUGACAGAGGACAGGAGAAAGAUGUCUUUGUCAAAUGGCCUAAUAGCAGUGAUAUUUGCUGGGCAAAGGUUUGGCCAGAUUUACCCAAUGUUACCAUAGAUGAAAAUCUAACUGAAGAUGAAGCUGUUAAUGCUUCCAGAGCUCAUGUUGCUUUUCCAGAUUUCUUCAGGAAUUCCACGGCAGAGUGGUGGGCAAGGGAGAUUAUAGAUUUCUAUAAUAACCAGAUGCAGUUUGAUGGCUUGUGGAUUGAUAUGAAUGAACCAUCAAGUUUUGUAAAUGGAACAGUCAGUAAUCAAUGUAGAAACACAGAGCUAAAUUACCCACCUUACUUCCCAGAACUCACAAAAAGAACUGAUGGAUUACAUUUCCACACUAUGUGUAUGGAAACUGAGCACAUUCUUAGUGAUGGAUCGCCAGUUUUGCAUUAUGAUGUUCACAAUCUCUAUGGAUGGUCACAGGCAAAGCCUACAUAUGAUGCAUUGCAGAAGGCAACUGGCAAAAGAGGGAUUGUUAUUUCCCGCUCCACAUAUCCUAGCACUGGACAAUGGGCAGGACACUGGCUUGGAGACAACUAUGCACGAUGGGACAAUAUGGACAAAUCAAUCAUUGGUAUGAUGGAAUUUAGUCUCUUUGGAAUAUCAUAUACUGGAGCAGAUAUCUGUGGUUUCUUCAAUGAUUCAGAUUAUCAUCUCUGUGCCCGCUGGAUGCAACUUGGAGCAUUUUAUCCAUACUCAAGAAAUCACAACACUGCAUUUACUCGAAGACAAGAUCCUGUUUCCUGGAAUCAAACCUUUGCUGAAAUGUCAAGGGAUGUUCUAAAUAUUAGAUACACUUUAUUGCCCUAUUUCUAUACACAAAUGCAUGAAAUUCAUGCUCAUGGUGGCACUGUUAUCCGACCUCUUUUGCAUGAGUUUUUUAAUGAAAAGCCGACCUGGGAUAUAUACAAGCAGUUCUUAUGGGGUCCAGCAUUUAUGGUUACUCCUGUGUUGGAACCUGAUGUUGAUGUUGUAAGAGGCUAUAUCCCCAAUGAUCGGUGGUUUGAUUACCAUACAGGCCAAGAUAUUGGCCUCAGAGGACAAUUCAGUGAAUUUGAUGCUCCUUUAUAUAAAAUAAAUCUGCAUGUCCGUGGUGGUCACAUUCUACCAUGUCAAGAGCCUGCUCAAAACACAUUUUUCAGCCGACAAAAUUACAUGAAACUCAUUGUUGCUGUGGGUGAUAAUCAGACGGCACAAGGAUCUCUCUUUUGGGAUGAUGGAGACAGUAUAAACACCUAUGAAAGAAACCUAUACUCCAUGGUACAAUUUAAUUUAAACAAGUCCAACUUGACAAGCACUAUAUUGAAAAAUGGUUAUGUAAAUACAAAUGAAAUGAAACUUGGAUUCAUCAAUGUAUGGGGGAAAGGAAAGACUCCUGUCAAUGAGGUUAAUCUCAUAUAUAAAGAAAAUAAACAAUUAGUUAAAUUUACCCAAGAUGUAGACAAGGAGAUUUUAAAUAUUGAUCUGACAAUGAAUGAUGUUAGUUUGGAUCAACCAAUAGAAAUCUACUGGUCAUGAAGAUCACCAUCGAUUCAAAUAGUCAGAGAAAUUAAAAAUCUGGAUUUAAGUUUCACAGCACUUACAAUUUUCCCUCUUCACUGGCUUCUGAUAUUCUAUAAAAUAUACGUAACAUUUAUUUAAAGGUUAUUACACAAAAUACAAUGUUAAGACUUAUUUUAUUAUGUUAAUGCACACUGGAUCCAAGUUUCUGU